AUGAUUGAUAACAAGUCCCGGUCCUAUCGCCAAGAGGCCGCGAGACAGAUUCAGCGUCAGCGUAAUCAGUACCUCAAGCAGGAAUGGCUUGGCAUACUUAACCUCCAGAUCACAUAUCAGGCCAUUGACCUUAUUGCCAAGCAGUAUCGCUUUGCCCUCGCCGCCCUGCCUGAUCAGCGCGAGCCCAAACCGCUGCGUCCUUGCACGGGCAACUUCGAGCGCCAAUACGGCCUACCAUGCAGCCAUCGCAUUCUUGAUUGCCUUAUGAACGGCACGCCUCUGAGACGGAGCCAGAUUGCUAUGCGUUGGUGGCUCGAGAAGCCGUUGAACGCCGAGGAUAAGCUACUUGAUAUUCGCGACCCGGCUAUUGUCAGAAGCGCACGAGGCAGGCCGCGCCUGAACGCCGACAACAAGAAGCUCAAGGUCCCGCGAUACCUCAAGAUCGCGGAUUACACCUCCAAUCCAGGAAGUGACGCUGACGAUACGGAAGAUGACGAUGCCGAAGCCGAGCCUGUACAACGGAGUCAAGGCAGGCAUCCAGCGCGAGGCCGUGGUCUGAGCCGACAGCCUAGUCAGAAUGCUGGCCGAGGAACGCGCCGGUUGAACGCGAGCCUUCGCCGUGACCGCUCUCAAUUCGAGCUUGACGAGUUGCAGUCACAUGCGUCUCAAUCGUCGCGAGGAAACAAGCGUCGACGAGUCCGUGGCGGGGCGGCAGGACGAAGUUGUGCGGAAGCAUCACACGCCGAGAGGUCGCCAGCAAACCAGAUCCAAGUGUCACGAGAGUCGUCAGCCGAGAGCUGUAUUAUCAUCCCAGGUUUUCGAUCGGCUGCAAUGCCGUAA